GUGAAUAUUAACCAACUCUAAGAACGUACACACACAGUUAGUUCAUCAGUCUCGAAUUCUCCCAAUUGAAGGCAAUGUUUGGUCGUCAGAUAACACCAUUGCUCAGGAAACUUUGCGGGGCUUCUCCAAUUGCGUCGUCUUCUUGCAGAGGGUUGCCUACAGCAUCAUCAUCAUCAUUAUGCCAUACUCGGAAUAUGAUUUGUUAUUCUCAAAAUGGCUUUGAACAUUCAAAAACAAGAUCAGGAGGCUUUUUAUGGAUGUUGCUACAUGGACAAGCAGCACUUCUCUUUGGAGGGAGCUGCUCUCUUGUUUUUGCUGAAGAAGUUUCAAAUGGAAAAGCCUCUGAAACUAAUGCAGGAGAGUCAGCUAAUGUUGGAUUACAAAGACUUGAGGAUGGCUCAAUUAUAUCAAAUGAACAUACGUCAAAGUGGCGAAUAUUCACAGAUAAUGGGAGAGAAUUUUUUUUGCAAGGGAGAAUGAUUGAAGCUGAGAAGUUAUUUUCAUCUGCCUUGGAAGAAGCUAAAAAAGGUUUUGGUGAGCGGGAUCCACAUGUUGCAUCUGCAUGUAACAAUCUGGCAGAGCUGUACAGAGUCCAGAAAUCAUAUGAUAAAGCAGAGCCCUUGUAUAUAGAUUCUAUUAGUAUACUUGAGGAAGCAUUUGGUCCAGAUGAUGUGCGUGUUGGUGCUGCCCUCCAUAACCUCGGUCAAUUCUAUAUUGUUCAGCGAAAAUUCGAAGAAGCUCGAGUUUGUUACGAGCGGUCAUUAAAGAUCAAAGGGCGUGUCUUGGGACAUGGUCAUGCUGAUUACGCAGAGACAAUGUUUCACCUUGGAACGGUGCUUUAUCUUCAAGGAAAUGCCAAGGAUGCGGAGGCCCUUAUUAAGGAUUCUAUUCGGAUAUUAGAGGAAGGUGGUCAAGGGGAAUCAUUCUCUUGCAUACGGAAGCUACGAUAUCUAGCAAAGAUUUUUUGUCAAAAAAAUCAACUGGGGGAGGCUGAGAACAUUCAAAGAAAGAUUUUGCACAUCAUGGAGUUGACCAAGGGCUGGGAUUCUCUAGACACUGUAAAUGCUGCCGAAAGUCUGUCCAUGACUUUGCAAUCACUGGGAAAAGUAAGGGAUGCAAGGGAACUACUAGAAAGGUGUCUUGAUGUUCGGAAGACGUUACUUCCUCAAGAUCACAUUCAGAUUGGAGCCAACUUGCUGGGCCUUGCAAAUUUGGCUUUGCUGAAUUUCAAAAAUAACAAAUUUGCAACAUCAGAAGCAAAUUUGGAGCUUGAUAGAGCAAAAGAUCUUUUGACAAAUUCUGUCAGGAUAGCUCAGCUAAUUUUGGAUGGAUCUAAAGCCAAGAGAAACACACAAAAUUAUGGACAACAAUAUGGAAAAAAUGAACAUCCUGCGUUAAUCAUACUGUUACAGUCACUAAAAGCUCUUGCACAAGUUGAGGUGGCUAAGCAAGAAGAACAAAAAACAGGGGAAGCUUUGCCUUUCUUGGAGGCUGAAAAGCCGCUUCGCCAUUGCAUACGUGCUUUUAAACAGUAUGGAGCUGUAGCUUCAACCUCUACACCCAUUGCAGUGAAGGAAGAGUAUGCUUCUUGCUUGAAGAAUCUAUUGAGCUUGAUCAUUGAUACUCCUAGCGAUACAGAGCAUUCCCGUAAAGCUGAGGUACAAAAACUGAAAGAUGAAAUCAUGUGUAUUGAAGAAGAAAUUUCAUUGCACAACAACAAACACAAGCUUUAAGUUUACAGAAAUCGUACUUGUUGAAAUGUAAAAGUUUAAAUUUAUCUCUGUAUCAAAUAGAUGAAUAAAUUGUUCAUUUCUUCUUGGUUGGAAGGGGUGUAUAAAUAUUAAGCUAAACCGGUAUCCUAAUUUAAAAUAUACAUUCUACUCCCAAAAGUUCAAUUCGCUUUGUAUGAACUAUGGAGGUUCCUUGGUGAGAAUUAGUUGUUAAAAAGACCUCAAUUCAAAA